CGUAUUGUUCCACCCUCGCCGCCCCGAGCGCACGGCGCCGGCCGGGGAGGGCGCGCGGGGCGCUCGCCUUCCCGGGUCCCCCGCGCCCGCCGCCGGACCCCGCGGAGGCCCGAGCCUUCCUGCGCGCGGGAGACGCCCCCGCCCGGCCGUCCGGGCUCCGAGGGGGGCCCGCUCAGGGCCAUGGCCGCGGGACGCAGCCGCCGGGAGCCGCGGCGCGGGUGCCGGGGCGCCCCUCCCUAGCGGGGCGCAUCUCGUGGUCUCCCGCCCGGCCGGCCGCAUGGGGGGCGGAGGGUCGGCCCUGAGGGUCUGCGCCGACCACCGCGGCGGCAUCAACUGGCUCAGCCUGAGCCCGGACGGGCAGCGCCUGCUGACGGGCAGCGAGGACGGCACGGCCCGGCUCUGGAGCACCGCGGACGGCCAGUGCUGCGCCCUCCUGCAAGGGCAUGAGAGCUACGUGACCUUCUGCCAGCUGGAGGACGAAGCUGCCUUCACGUGCAGUGCUGACUGCACCAUCAGGAAGUGGGACGUGCGGACCGGGCAGUGCUUACAGGUGUUCCGAGGACACACAUCAAUUGUGAACAGGAUCCUGGUCGCCAACAACCAGCUCUUCAGCAGCUCCUAUGACCGCACAGCUCGAGCCUGGAGUGUGGACAAGGGCCAGGUGUCCCAGGAGUUCAGGGGCCACCGCAACUGCGUGCUGACCCUUGCCUACUCUGCUCCCUGGGACCUGCCUGGGGCUCCCUGUGCCGAGGAGGUUGGGGGGCUUCUGGUGACGGGCAGCACGGAUGGCACAGCCAAGGUAUGGCAGGUGGCCAGUGGCUGCUGCCACCAGACGCUGCGGGGCCACACGGGUGCCGUGCUCUGCCUCGUGCUGGACACGCCCAGUCACACGGCCUUCACUGGCAGCACCGACGCCACCAUCCGUGCCUGGGACAUCCUGAGUGGGGAGCAGCUGCGGGUGUUCAGGGAGCACCAGGGCUCCGUCAUCUGUCUGGAGCUCGUCAACCGGCACGUGUACUCGGGCAGCGCCGACAGGACGGUCAAGUGCUGGCUGGCAGACACGGGCGAGCGCGUGCGCACAUUUGCGGCCCACAGACACAGCGUGAGCGCCCUCAAAUACCACGCAGGCACCUUGUUCACGGGCAGCGGGGACGCCCGCGCGCGCGCCUUCGACGCCCAGUCUGGAGCGCUGCAGAGGGUGUUCCGCGGCCACGCCUUCGUCAUCAACUGCAUCCAGGUGCACGAGCAGGUGCUCUACACGGCCUCGCACGACGGCGCGCUGCGCCUCUGGGACGUGCGCGGCCUCCCGUGCGCCCCGCCGCCGCGCCCCUCCGCCCCCGCGCGAAGCCGCUCCCGCCUCUUCAGCAACAAGGUGGGCUGCGCCGCCGCGCCCCUGCAGCCGGCCUGAGCCCCGGGACGCCGCCGCCCGCGCUCGCCCUCGGGGACCGCGCCCCCGCCCCCCCCCCCCCACCGAGCGAGCUCCCCGCACUCGGGUCUGCACCUGGCGCCGCGGGGCCCUCCUGACCCGGGGUCAGCGGCCCCUCACCCCCGAGCCUGGGGUCCCCAGGAGCCAAGCCUGCCCUGAGGGGCACCGGGGCGGGGGGUGGGUUUCCUCAAAAACCCUCGAGCCGCGAUUGUCACUAGUUUGGCAAAUUGUCCUGAGGACACUGGGGAAGAACUGAAAUACAUACACGCCCUUCAAAGCG